AUGCGGACGCUCGGUCAUUUGAGAUGGCUGAAGAAGACGCUGGUGCCAGAGUUCCACAGCUGGUGUAAAUUACAAGCACCAAAUGCAGCUGGGAAGCAGUUACCUAGAAUCUACGUGACCCGGCGGAUUCCACUGGAUGGGAUGAAGAUCCUGAGCCAGUCAGGGCUCUGCAGCAUUGAGCAGUGGGAUUCGGAUGAGCCCGUGCCACGCUCAGAACUCCUGGCAAAGGUUGCUGGGAUUCGAGGCCUGUAUUGCCUCCUGACAGAGAAGAUAGACGCCGAAGUGCUGGAUGCGGCAGGGCCCAGCCUGCAGGUGGUCAGCACGAUGUCAGUUGGCUAUGAUCACGUGUCUCUGGAGGAGCUGAAGAAGAGAGGAAUCAGAUUAGGAUACACACCAGACGUAUUGACUGAAGCAGUUGCUGAACUGACAGUUGCUCUUCUUCUGGCAACCUCCCGUCGACUGUUAGAAGCUGUGCAUGAAGCUAAGAAUGGUGGCUGGGGAACCUGGAAGCCUCUGUGGAUGUGUGGCUAUGGUCUGACAGACAGCACUGUGGGGAUUCUAGGACUUGGAAGAAUAGGAGCAGCUGUCACAGCCCGGUUAAAGCCAUUUGGAGUCAAGAGAUUCCUCUAUGCCGACACUGGCCCGAGACCUGACAUGGCCACCAAGAUCCCGGCCGAGUUUGUGCCACUGGAGGAAUUGGCUCGGCAUUCGGACUUCAUCGUUGUGUGCUGUGCCUUAACGCCUGAAACACAGGGCAUCUGUGGCAACGGCCUUUUCUCCCUAAUGAAGGAUACUGCCAUCUUUAUCAACACCAGCAGGGGCGGUGUAGUGAACCAGGAAGACCUGUACCAGGCAUUGGUCAAUGGUCAGAUUGCAGCUGCUGGUCUGGAUGUCACAGAGCCCGAGCCUCUGCCUACAGAUCAUCCUCUUUUUAAACUUAAAAACUGUGUUAUUCUUCCCCAUAUCGCCAGCGCUACGGUCGCUACCCGGAACGCCAUGGCCGCCUUAGCUGCCAGCAAUUUACUGGCAGGCCUUCAGGGAAAAGCCAUGGGCAAGGAGGUGCCGCUCUGACAGGGGACGCAAAGCGCUUACUCUCCUUGUGCUCACCCUCCUGCAAACCGCCCCUGGCCUGGAUAAAUGCAGCCUGCCAUUGCUGGGAGCUGUUAGAUUGGCAGAGGUCCCACGGCAAACUGUUGGGGGGUGAAAGCACCGUUGUUUUCUUCACCGAGAGAAAGAAUAGGCCAGUUCUACUGGUGUCUCAGAUAUCCUGUGUCCAGAUCUUGGGAGCCAGCAGCCCAUCUCCCUCUCCUCCCGUUACCAACAUGCUGCAGUUCAGUGUAUGUAUUACAUAUUGUGCUGUGUCUCCCCACAGCAUUCAGUGCUGCUGGAGGGUAUACGGACAACCCCCCCGACAUUAGCAGUUGGUUACAGCGAGUGUGUUCUGCUCGUUGCUGGACGUGAA